AUGGGCGAGGCACUUUACAAAUUCCUCGCAGACAAGCCCGUUGGCAAGAAGGAGUUGCCGGCUCUGGAAAAGGUAAAGAGUAUUUCUAAGGGGUUCCUGGAGCAACCGGCACUUAAUUAUAUAUGGCCCGCCAACGAGCUGUUGAGGAGAUUCAAUAAACCUCUGAGUAAGAAGCAUCCUGGCUUUUUCCCUAGAUUUUUUGGAGUUAUAUUCGAAAGCGACUAUGAGAACGUCAUUCAGACCAGAGGUGUGAAGCCGGAAACUAUCGCAAAGAAAUUAGGUAAAGUCGUGAAUGGUUGUGAGCAGUUCCUGGAAAAUGUCAAACUCCCUGACCAGUAUAUCUCUGCUUACAGUUCAGGGGCUACGUGGGAUUCAUCAUGCGCGAAAGACCCGGAAGCUUGUGCGGUGAUUUUUGUGGGGAUUGCGCCAAUGUUGUACGCAGGUCUACGUUCUUUAAAGAAUUCCUGCAUUGCUCAAGGCUAUUGUCACCGGUCAUCAGGACUGACGCCGAUUAAUUUGAGAGAUGUGGUGAAAGCUGUAGGUUACAAAGACCCAGGGUGCCGUGCUAGCAUGAGCGACUCAGAAAUUCUCAAGGCGUUGAAGGGUAUGAGUUAUAAAAUGUUUAUCACGCUCUACGACCUCUCUGGAUUCUGGGCUUUCUACGGAUUGGAGAAGGCAGAAUCUGUAGAAGCCGUAGAACCCGUGAAACCCAUGACAACUGCAGGCGCUGUAGAAGCUCUCAAGUACCACACUAGCAAAAAUGGAUCCCAUAUUAUAGCAGGGGAUAACAGUGGCGUCGACAUGGGUUUGUUACAUGCCUGGAAUGCCAAGAAAUCGAACAAGCCUCCAAAAACUGGUAACGCCCUCAGAUCGAACAACAUGUAUUAUCCCUGGUUGCCAACAGUGUCGGAUUUGGGCAAUGUUAUCCCAAUUUAA